GUUGUCCAGCACGUGAGGCUCACGUGACAGGGGAAGGCAGGGCUCCCCCUCCCCGGCACCGCCAGACGUGCCGGGAGUCACAGGGUAGAAGACGUAGCGCCGGCCACCCACUCGCUCCCAUUUAACCCAGCCUGCCGCCUCCCAGCGACUCCUCAGCUCGCGCCCUGCCCCGGCCGCGCGGAGAUGAGCAGCGCGUCCUGAGCCCUCUGCAGCCCAGGAGCCGGUCCCGACGCCAGCGGUUCUCCGAGGAGCUCGCCGCGCACCCGGCGCUGCCUGAUCUCGCUGCUUUCGGCGAGCCUAAGUUUCAGCCGAGCCCCCUCCCCCCCGCAAAGCCUCCCCAGCUGAAAUGGAAAUGAUCCCCAGCGCCCAGCCCCCUCCUGCCUGCCUAGGCAAGCUGCCUGCGCUGGAGAGCAACGAGAUGCCAGGGCUGGCCUUUUCUCACAUGUAUCAAGUGUACAAGCCCAGGAGAGGGUUAAAAAAAAGUGAAGACAAUAAGGAGACCUAUAAAUUGCCCCACAGACUGAUAGAGAAGAAGAGACGUGAUAGGAUUAAUGAGUGCAUUGCCCAACUGAAAGAUCUCUUACCAGAACAUCUCAAACUUACAACUUUAGGUCACUUGGAGAAGGCGGUGGUUCUUGAACUUACCUUGAAGCAUGUGAAAGCACUAACUAAUCUCAUUGAGCAGCAGCAACAGAAAAUAAUUGCUUUACAGAAUGGUUUACAAGCUGGUGACUUGUCAUCGAGAAACCUUGAUACCAGCCAGGAAAUGUUUCGAUCUGGUUUCCAGAUGUGUGCCAAGGAAGUGCUGCAAUACCUGGGAAAGCAUGAGAACACCAGGGAUCUGAAAUCUUCCCAGCUGGUCAGUCAUCUGCACCGAAUGGCCUCUGAGGUCCUCCAGGGCGGAGCCAGCCAAAAAUCUGGAGAUGCGCCCCCGAAAACGGUGGACUUGAAGGAGAAGUCUGGCUCUUUGCCCAAAACUGCUGAGGGUUAUGGCAAGAACUGUGUGCCUGUUAUACAGAGGACUUUUGCACACUCCAGUGGAGAGCAGAGCGGGAGUGACACAGACACAGACAGUGGGUAUGGAGGAGAGCUGGAGAAAAGUGACUCAAACACCGAUCAGCAGUAUUUUCCAAAGGAUACGGGACUCAACUAUACCGUGCAAGACAGAAUAAGCUCUAUUAAGCAAGAGACUGAGGACCCACCAGCCAAAAGGACCAGGAUGGAAACUUCAGAAGACGAAGGCCAUUUUAGCAGUGAUCUGAUUGGCUCUUCAAGUAGUUUUUUAAGCCCUCACCCUCACCAGUCUCCUUUGUGCCUACCUUUUUAUUUGAUCCCACCAUCUGCAACUGCCUAUCUGCCUAUGCUGGAGAAGUGUUGGUACCCAGCUUCCAUGCCCGUCUUGUACCCAAGUCUCCCAGCCUCUGCUGCUGCACUUUCAGGGCUAAUGAACCCAGAUAAAAUAUCUCCAUCUCUUCUGAUGCCUCAGAGACUUCCUUCUCCACUACCAGUCCAUUCCCCUAUUGACUCCUCAGCUCUGCUUCAAGCUUUGAAGCAGAUUCCUCCUUUGAACUUGGAAACCAAAGACUAAGCACAGUGUGACUGUUUUCUUUUUUUUUUAAGUUUGAGACUCUUUCAGUUUUAUAUACCGGCUGGACUGAGGUGUGGGGAUAAGGUUCGUUGAGAGUCGGAAGCGAAAUCCACUUUUCUCUGACUUGUCAGAUAGCGUGGGAAAGGAUGAAGGAAGCACCCAGGUUAGCCAUUUGGGGGAGUUUAAAAGGAAAAAAAGGUUUUCUUUGUGCUUUAUCCUUUACCCUCCCCAUCUACAGAGCAACAGCUGACUUAAUCAGUGAAGAUUAUAUUUCAAAGCUGUGAAAAAUAUUCCAUUAGGCAGAUUUAGGUGUUAGGGUCUGUGAGUAUAAAAAUAUGGUACUUCUUAUGAGGGCUUUUCAAAGCAAUGGCCCACCGCCAGAUUUGUUGCCCCACCCAGUUGCCAGUAUUUGAAAUGAUACACGCAUGCACAGCAGUUGAAGCAUUGGUGUUAGUCCCACUAAAACGAUUCAGAGUAGCAAUCACUGGUUGGUAAUGCAUAGUCAGUGGUUCAGGGAGAGUGAGGACAAGGUUCUCUCCACACCUCUGCUGAAUGUUUAAAAAACAAAAUGAAUAGAAUGUAGAUGCUGCUUAGAAGCUUUACAUGGUGUACUUCUAAUAAAUAAAUUAACAUGCAUCCCUUUCUAUAACUCAAGCUGCUAGUUGGGGCAGGGAAAGAGAAAAUAUCCCCAUGGAUCCCUUUGCUUGUUGCACCUAACGCUAGACCUCUCUUUUACUGCUGCUGUACAGGUGUCUUUGGGUCUAGUGUAUCUGAAAGCAAACAAUGGCCAGCAACUGACUGUUUCACUCCUGGGCCAAAUCCAGAUCUCUUGUAACAGGGUGGAAUUCAGUUGGAGUCAACAGAGUUACACCCACUGAAUUGGCCCCCUUGAGUACCUUUGAGAAUUCAAAACUGUUUUUUGUUUUUUUUCAAAGGAACCUAAUCCCAGUGGGAUUUGGGUGCCCAAAUCUCUUAGGAUCAUCUGAAAACCCUAGUCCAAAUUCCUAUUUUAAGUAGAGUUAGAAUUUGUGAAAAUUUCCAUGUUAACAAAUGUUAGAACUAUUUGGGCCUGUGCACCACAGAUUCAGUAGUUGCUUCAGUGAUGAACACUGUGUCCAAUUAGGCUUUAAAAGAAACUAACUGCAAAAAGCAGUCAGGUUUUUUUUCUGUAUUAAUUUUGAGAAAUUGUUUCCAGAGUAAAUGUCACAUAGAUGCUCAUUUCAUUCUACCAUUGCACCAGUUGUUAAGAUGCACUGUGCUUGAUUGCAGAUUGUGUUCUCAUGUUUAUUUUAUUGUUGUGUUUUUUUUUUUUUUUUGGUAUACAGUUGUUGCCUUUAUUUGUAAAAUCUUGUUAUAAAUAUAUAUGUAUAUAUAAAUAUAUAUAUAUAUUAUAUAAAUAUAUUAAAGAGUUAAAAUGUUUCAGAGGUCUAUUAUUUGUAUAACUACUUGAGCAUAAAGACGUGAGAAAUAUGAAUGUAUUCCUGAUUUGGGGUUUUUGUUUUUUGAAGAGAUUUUGUUUUGUUUUGUUUUGUUCUCUAGGAAGGGAUACAGUGUUUAUAUUUUGGAGCCUUCUCAGAGAUGGGGUAUUGUAAAUAUUUUUAUCUUGAGUAAAUGUUAAGUAGUUGUUUUUCAAUACUUAAUAAAAUAACUAUUUUCCUGUGGAAGAUAA